AAACUGCAGAAGCUCUUACGUGAAAGAGAUACCUGUACUAGUGAUGGGUCGGCGCCACCAGAAGAACAAAGUCCGUCUGCUGUCGCAAAUCUCGAACCACCGCCUGCGUAUGAUACAAUAAACAGUGAAACGCAUCAAGACGUUGCACCGCCAUACUUUUAUAAACCGGAGGAUCAAACAAAUAUUGAUGUUCUGCCACCGGAACCAAACCCUGGGGCAGCAGACGUACUUGUGCCACCAUCAGAAAAACCAGUUGAAACAGCAGUUGACGAGAAAAAAACAGAAACAGAUGAAGACCUUGAUGCAAUGUCGUGCUUUUUAGUAUCAUCAUUUUGCCUGAUUGGGGUAGCAAUUGCCGGACUAAGCAUAGCUAAAAUUGCCAUGGGAUCGUCAUAUCUACACGACUGUGAUAUCCGAUUUAUGAUCCCAAUUUACCUCAUUGUGAGCGGGCUUGCACCGCUAUAUUUCACAAAACUUAUCUGCGGAGGUGAUGAUAGUAGUGACUGCUCUCUAUGGCAGAUAUGCUGGUCAAUCGCUGGAUUCUUAUUUUGUCUUGCCUGGCUUAUAUGCGGUUCGGUAUGGGUGUACCCUACUUAUAGCACUGUGAAGGCAGAAGACUUCAGACCGUGUACCGCAACAAUAACAGAAAAUUGUUCUUAUGGAACUUGUGACACAGUUAUUAUCAAAUUUGCAUUUGCCAUGGUCACGCUUGAUUGGAUUUUUCUGGUGCUAAUGAUAGUACUUUUUAUUUGGGCAAUGUUUUCAGAUAAAAGUGAUAAAAAUUGAAAACAUUCGAAUUUUGGCUUUCUUAUGAAAGCAAUGUAUGAAGACAAAAGGAAACGCUUUGGUGAAAUAUGAGUUUAAAGGCAUAUACAUGUAUAUUACAGUUACAUAAAUACAUAAUUUAUAAGAAUAAUGGAAAAUGUGUAAUACAAGGUUUUUUUUACAGAUAUUAAUUUUUAGUUAUCUGCCCUUGAAUUUGAAAAUUUCCUUAAUAUCUGAAGGACAGGUAAUUCACAGUUACUCGUAAGAUGAUCAAAAAUUUGUUUUUCAUAUACAUUUUACAUGUAGCUGACUUUUUUUCGUGUCACUGAAAAAUUUAAAGCACUGCUUUAGGGUAUUUUUUUAAUGUUCUUCUUUUCAAGUGAAUGGCCUAUAAUGAAAUGUCAUCAAUAUACCUUUUUACAAUACGAUUCUUCCAUAGCAACCAAUGUUGCAUUUCGCGCAUGCGCAUUCUGCGUAGGGCAAAAGCGCAAUAAAAUUGACAACAAUGUAUGAUACUUUAAGGCUUCAAUAGUCGUUAAUAGCUUUUAGUAACGGACAUAAUAACAAACCACGUAAAAUUAUUCAUAAAUGUUAUUGACAAGUAUGUGAUAUAUAAGCCAACACAACAUAAUUAUAUCUAUAUAGCAAUUAAUGAAAUGUUUUAGAACAAAAUAUUAAUAUUCAUCGUAAAAAAAUUUCAUAGGAUCUAAGACCUUUGUCAACCUUUUUUCCCCCGAAUAAUUGUUUCACAAGAAUAUCCAAAUUAUACAAUUCUAUUGUUUUUAUUUGUAUUUGAAAUAAUUUUGGAAAAUAUUCCCAUUGUAGACCAAUCCACUUUAAACCUAAGCCAAUUUUCUUUACAAAAUGGUAUAUUUUUAAUGAAUUUUCAGUCAUUUGACAUUGAAAAAAAAUGUAACAAAAACGUUUAAUGAAACGAAAUUUUUUAUUGUGACAAUGGAUAAAGUAAAAAAAGUAACCAGAAGAAAAAGUAAGGUAUGCAAAACCUUUAUGUAAGUUAACUUCCUUUGACAUCACUGAAAUUUGCAACUUCAAGGGCAGAUAAUUAUGUUGUACAUUUUUCAUUCUGCCUUAAUGCCUUUAUCAAGUAUAGCCUUAAAGUUCCUAGUACCAUUGUCAUAUUGUUGUUUUUGGCUUGUAAGACAGACUGAGUCAGGACCGCGGCAACAGCAUCGACAUAGGCGGUAUAUCGAUAUAGGAGGUAUAUCCAUAUAAACGAUUUCUUUUUAAGAGGAGUUUACUGUAGAUGGAUUAUCUUGCAUUAUUGAAAUGUUAUACAGGUAAUUUUACUCACGUGACUUGAGGUGUACGGACAGAGAAAGUGAGCAUUGUUGGUAUAUCAGUUGAGUAAAUGCCUCUACAGAAUUAAGCAUAUCAUAAUUAUGUUACGAUACAAGAGUAUGAAAUUGAUACAUAAAAUAUGCCUUAGAUUUUUUACCUUUUGCUUAAAUAAAUUAUUUGAAAAUUCUCAAUUUGCUGUUGUACAAUUUUUUUUCGUAUAUUUUCUUAUUUUGUAUGAUGUAACUUUUGUAUGAUGUACAUGAUGAUGUAUAAUGUGGAGGCUAUGAAGUAAAACAAACGUCCUAUCAUUUAUCUCUACAUAUUUGUCAGUGAUAAUAUCUGAAUGUUUUGCUAUACAGUUUUUGCUAUAAAUAAAGUUAAU